AUGACUGAAACCGACAACUACCCAUUGGGUCGCAACAUAUUCCACUCAGUCCGUUUGGACGCCCAGCAUUUACUCUGGAGGCUUCACACAGGCUACCUACUCCACCCUCGUGUUCCUGUCAGGGAUAACAUGAAGAUCGCAGAGCUUGGAACCGGAACAGGAGUCUGGCUCUUGGAGGCAGAAAAACACCUCCCCCCGACAACUCAGCUGCAUGGAUUCGACAUCUCUGAUGAGCAAUUUCCUCAGAAAGAGCAGUGCCCGCCUAACGUUAGAUUCGAUAUAAUGGAUUCCUUUGUCGAUCCACCGGCCUCUCGUAUUGGUCAGUAUGAUGUGGUUCAUCUUCGCAUGUGGGCGAGCAACUUCCGAGACAAGGAUCUGGCCCCCAUCCUACGCCAUAUAAUGGAGCUAUUAAAGCCCGGUGGGUUUGUCCAGUGGGAAGAGGCAGACUUAACCCAUCAGGUGGUGGUGGGCGGAAAAGCCAAACAAUUCGAGGCGGGCGUGAACAAACUGUUCAAUCGGGUUGGGCUUGAUUACAGCUGGGUGCAAAGUCUUCCCCACCGAGUGAAGCAGGCAGGCUUCCUUCUCAUCGAGUUCGAAAGACAGCAGUUCGCGAACAACACGAAGGACUUAUGCACCAAUACAUAUCUUCUGGCACUCCAAGAGAUCCUCCAGGGGAUCCGGCAAUCUUCUUCGGAGGAGGAAGGGCCGACAAUUAUGGAGCUUGAAUCUGCUCUUCAUCAUCUAUGCUCUGCGGAAAGAAAGGAAAUAGUCUACAACUGGUCUCCUACUACGCUCUUGGGUCAAAAACCAUCCGAAGAUUAUGGUUUCCGUGUCUGA